UUUUUUUCUCGUCUCAAAUCUUCAAUUGACAAGUUGGUCUUGUUUACGGGGAUUGUUCACCCGCAGCAGCCCCUAAAACACCAACUAAGAGACACGUCUCAAUUGGCCUAUCCUUAUCCAGGCUUCUUUAUUGUUAUUCUUUCUUCGUCCUCCUUUUCGUUCGACUUCACUUUGCCAUCUUUUCGGCUGCUAUUUUCCUUCAUUCAUUCCCUUCCUCCUUUCUCCUUUCGGGGGUGAUCUUCACGCCGGUUGGCUUUUCGCUCUUCCGACCACGUCUUUGUAACUCGCGCUUCCCUUUCCCCCCCUGGCCGGUGAUAUCGAUCAUUUCACAUUAGCCCCAAUUUACUUCGUCCCCUCUUCCUUAGCUAGGGGGCUCUCGCGUCCGGACCGUUCGUGUUCCUCGCCAUGCAAACCUCCGAUGCCUCAAGCAUUCCGAGUCGUUUGAUCCCUUCCAAGUUUUCCCACCUCAACGCAGACGAUACCGGUUUCUCCCACGGAGCGUACAACUCCAAUAGCCUCCCUCUGCAGGGUCUGACGGAUCGAAACGCACGUCGAGCUAAUAUCCCUGCCAUCAAUACCGCCGCCAGUCAAAACAACACCGACACUAUGGCAGCCUCGGGCACCGCGUUCGACAUGAACUUCACUCCUCUGUUGCCGUCUCAACUACUGCUCGGAAGCCCCUUCCAACCGGGAACCCCUUCGGCCUUUGCCUCGCCGCAGUUCACCAACUUCGGUGGUUUCUCUCAGGCCAAUGCGUCGGCGCACGCGCAAAACCACCAGAAUCAGCUGGGAAGCCCAACACAGGCCUCACAGAAUGCCAGUCUGUACUCGGGUAUGAUGUCUGCGGAUAGUAUGGGAAACUCCCAGUUGCUGGGGGGCCCUCAAUCACCAGUUGGUGGUAUGGGUGGCUUGGGUAAUGCGGCGUACGGAAGUCCCGCCGCGUCGGUAACUCCGGGCCUCCUCUCAGGUACAAGUCGAACCGUGUAUUUGGGCAAUAUUCCGGCGGAAACUUCUGCCGAAGAAAUCUUAAAUCAUGUCCGUAGCGGUCAGAUUGAAUCGGUACGCUUGCUCCCUGACAAGAAUUGUGCUUUCAUCUCCUUCCUGGACAGCAACUCGGCAACGCACUUCCACUCGGAUGCUAUCUUGAAAAAGCUCGCAAUCAAAGGCAAUGACAUCAAGGUUGGCUGGGGCAAACCCUCGCAGGUACCCACUUCAGUGGCCCUGGCGGUGCAACAAUCGGGGGCGUCACGGAACGUGUACCUAGGCAACUUGCCAGAGGAGAUGACAGAAGAUGAGUUACGCGAAGAGCUUGGGAAGUUUGGUCCGAUUGAUACCGUGAAAAUUGUGAAGGAAAAGGCAAUUGGCUUUGUACAUUUCCUGUCAAUCAGCAACGCGAUGAAAGCCGUCUCUCAAUUGCCCCAAGAGGCUAAAUGGCAAGCACCUAGGCGUGUCUUCUACGGUAAAGAUCGGUGUGCUUAUGUCUCGAAAACACAACAACAGAAUGCAGCUCAGUUCCUGGGCAUCGCACCAGGAUACGCACACAUUCUGAACUCAGCAGAUCGGGACCUAAUCACGAACGCACUCGCCCAACAGUCCGUUGCAGCUGCAGCCGUCGCUACAUCCGCUGGUGGCGUCAACAAUCUGGGUAACCGGACGAUCUAUCUGGGUAACAUCCAUCCAGAAACUACCAUUGAAGAGAUCUGUAACGUAGUUCGCGGUGGCCUUCUGCAUCAUAUCCGUUACAUCCCCGAUAAGCAUAUCUGCUUUGUUACCUUCAUUGACCCAACCUCGGCCGCCUCCUUCUAUGCCUUGAGUAACCUCCAGGGUCUAAUGAUUCACAACCGUCGCUUGAAGAUCGGCUGGGGCAAGCACUCUGGUCCCCUACCCCCAGCUAUUGCCCUGGCUGUAAGCGGCGGUGCCUCGCGAAACGUCUAUGUUGGCAACCUCGAUGAGUCUUGGUCGGAGGAACGUCUUCGCCAAGACUUCUCCGAAUACGGAGAGAUCGAGCUGGUGAACACAUUGCGCGAGAAAAGCUGUGCUUUCGUGAACUUUACCAAUAUUGCCAAUGCCAUCAAGGCAAUUGAGGGGAUGCGGAACAGGGAGGAGUACAAGCGGUUCAAGAUCAACUUUGGCAAGGAUCGUUGUGGCAACCCACCUCGCCAGACGGGUAACGGUGGACAGCAAAAUCGCAACGGUGGACUGGAAGGCCCGCAGUCGCCCUCACCGGCACUCAAUGGCUUCCAGCAGAACUUGAGCCAUUCUGGUUCAGGGUCCAGCCCAACCCGUUCAGCCCUCUCUCCAGCCCCAGGCUCGACAGGUUCUCAGAAUGGCCAGCAGGGCCGGCACCCGCUGCAGACAGUUACAUCGCCGUCUGGGAUGUUGAACGUGGGGGCCAACAACCCGCUAACCAUGUAUCUCAACCAAAUGUCCGCCCAGCAAGCUCAAGAACAAGAGAACCGCUUGAACGAUUCUAUCUCCCUCGCUGCUCUUCAGUCCCAGUCCCAACCGGCACCUCAGCAACAGCCACUCUACAACGGUACAACUACAAGCGAGCUCACUAACGGAAGCAUCGAAGCGCCGCUGCAUCAACACAAGCCGUCUACCAACGGCUUUUUGAACGUCACCAAUGGCUCUAGCGGCCCUGGACAUCACGCUACUGCUAGCACCAGCGGCUUAAGCGUGCCACGCGCGCAGCACUCUCGUGCUGUCAGCUUGCCGUCGUUCUCUCAAGAACCAUUCGGUCCUAUUUCGGGGCAGGCUGGACAUAGCCGUGCAGGUGUAGCUCACCAACCGCAGAGUAGCUUCUCCAGCUUUACAUCUGCCUUGGGCGGUCUCAACCAUGCCGGUUUUGGACUGGCCAUCCAGAACGAAAAUUCGCUACCCGGCUGGGCUGAGGAAGAGAUCGGAGCCAAAUAAUUUCAUCUUAAUAUUUUGAAAGAAUUUCCUCUUCCAUUCUUGUGGGUGCAUCAUCUUAUUAACUUUUAAAACCUUUUACUUCACGUUUUCUAUUCAUCAUGUUCAUCUAUUGUUUUGAAAACACCACCCGUUGAUUACUUUCUUUGUAUUGGUUUGCUCGACAGUAUUUCUCUCUUUCCUCUUU